UUUUUGCCCAGUUCAACAUCUCGCGGCGUCGGGUCUCAGUUUGAAUCAACUUAUCCUACUCUCUAUCACAAUGAUUGUCAAGUCUCAAGACGACCUCUCUUAAUCCAGGGGUCGGCGUGCAGUCUAGACUUGGUGAGAAUUCUUCAGUUUGUCAUGAGACAUGGCACUCCUUACCCGAUUCUAUAUCCCCAGAGUGACGCCUCGUCCCCCUCGGAUCCAUCAUUGCCUGAUAACCUGGUGAAAUGGCAGACUAGGUGUUCGUGCGACUACCCCGUCUACCGUUCACUGCCAGGUGUUCUAGACGAUAAAAUCCAGUUAAUCCUCCACAACUACGUCCCACACAGCGAACUUCAACAUGGUAUUCCGAACUCCAACCUACAUUCGCCCCGGAUUUGCGGCGCUUGGGUCACAGCUCUUCCUGAACUUAGCGUCGGCGCAACCGGCGCCCCCAAUGGAUGCCUCGCCUUCGCCAUCAACGCUUUAGCCUUAUCCAUCACAGCUCGCAGAACUGGUAGAAACCUGCUUCAGCCCAUCUCAUCUCACUACGAGCAUACCCUGCGUCUGCUGCAGCGUGACCUACAGAUAACCGGGCAUGUCUAUGAGGCUGAACGGGUAGCGGCAAUGAUGUGUCUUACUUUGUUAGAGGUUCUCUCGCCGAUCAACCCUCAUAGUUGGCUUGUGCAUGUAGGGGGUAUCAGCGAGCUGAUCCGAUCAUCAUCACCAGAGCUCUUUAGCCAAGGCAUUCAUCACACGUUAUUCAUUGGAUUCAGACCGCUAUUGAUUCUCAGAGCCUUCAUCCUUCGCCAAUCAACAUUCUUCGCGGACCAAGACUGGGUUGAAAAGCCUUUUCAGCAUAACAAGGCCGCGCCGUUACAAAAUCUCCUAAGCUUAGCAGCGAAGCUACCGAAAACCAUGCAAGACUGUGAUGCACUUGAGGACGAGUCACCGAGCAUUGCUAUAGUGGCUGCCAGCAAGAGGCUCACUGAGUUAAUGGUCAUCAGAGCGCACCUUGAAGCAUGGAGCUGUUCACUCACCGAUGACUCCUCAGCACCAAUGUAUUGGCGUCUCGCGUCCGGAGACACCAUUGGAUGCAACAAUACCUUGUUGUGGUUUCGAGAUUUGAGUGUCGCCAAUGUUUACACUCACCUCUGGUCCUUCCAGGUUAUCUGCAUAUCACUGAUCCGGAACUUGUUGCUGCGAUAUCCCGAGUUGGAACGAUUUGAAACCGCCAUAGCCGACAACACCACAGAAUUGCGUGACGCAUAUAUCGAAUUGUGUAUCGAUAUAUUCAAAAGUAUGGAAUACUUGUUGCAGGAGGAAUCCAUGUUGUACGGGCUCUGCUCGGUUUGGUUUCCACUAUAUACGGCGCGUAAAGCACUGGAGAUGGAUGAAGAGGGCAGAGCCGUUCUUCAGAAGCUGGACCUAACGGUUACUUUAUAGACCGCAGUAAGGGCCAGAGGGUCCAUAUGAGGCAGUCAUGAUAUGUCAAAGACUUGUUAUCACAAACCUAUAAUGUACCUACUUUAUUCGCGAGU